AUGCACAAGAUUCUCAAUUCACGAGCAGCUCACGGCGUCCAACGCUCUGCAAGGGCCUGCCACCGAGUUUAUACAGAUUCAAGUUCAUAUGCACAUGUAGGAGCGAGACCGUUUAGCUCCGUCUCGCUUAUUGCACGCGCACAGGACGCCGGCAGCAACAGCGCCGAUGAUACGGAUGAGAAUGCACCCGUAGAGACAGUUGAUGGAUUACCAGAUUACACAGCAGAGCCCCGAGGACGUGCCAAGGGUGUUGAGUGGAAACUUCGUGCCAAGGGAAGGAAUUUUGUUGAUUUCUGCAGAAUCAAAGUCUCCGGAGGUCAGGGUGGUGAUGGUUGCGUCUCUUUCCAUCGCGAAAAGUUCGUCGCGUUUGGACAGCCCAACGGUGGAAAUGGUGGUCGAGGCGGCAACGUGAUCUUUGAGGCAUCUUCGAACGAGACAUCGCUUCAACACGUCCCCCACACUGCCGCUGCGCCACGAGGCGUCCACGGGAAGGGCUCGCUCAUGCAUGGGCAUGCAGGCAAGGACCUGCUCAUCAAGGUUCCUAUGGGAACCAUCAUCCGGGAGGUGCCAUCGCCCGAGAAGGAACAUAACGCAGAGAACGAGGACGACGAUCCGUUCCACAAAUCAUUGGAACUGGGUGAACUCGAGGCUAAGGAGAAAGAGAUGUCUAAAAGAUGGGUCUUGUAUCCGAGACUGACGAACGCUUGGACGACACUGCCAGAGGGCAAAGUCAAUUACUUUGACGAGGCACAGGCGUGGGUCGCAGAAGAAGAUCGGAUCGUUGAAGCCAGGAGAGUAGCCAUGAGCAAGAAACCUCUUUUGCUAGACGUGAAUGAGCAUACAGAGGAUCAGACACAGUUCAUGAUUGCGCGUGGAGGUGGAGGUGGAUAUGGUAAUCCACACUUUUUAACAACGCAGAAUCGUGCACCAAAAUAUGCCACCCGAGGACGUGAAGGUCAGACGAGAUGGCUUACACUGGAACUGAAGACCAUUGCAGACGCGGGUCUCGUGGGAUUGCCCAAUGCCGGCAAAUCGACGUUCUUACAGGCGGUCUCGAACGCUCACCCAGCCAUUGCGCCAUAUCCUUUCACGACUCUGAAUCCCUAUAUCGGUACCGUGGACUAUUCUGACUCGUACCAAGUCAAGGUUGCCGACAUCCCGGGACUGAUCCGAGGGGCACAUCGAAACGUUGGACUGGGUCACUCGUUCUUGCGACAUGUGGAGCGAAGCAAAGUGCUAGUCUAUGUGAUCGACAUUGCGGCCGAGUUUGGAAUCAAGAGAAAAAUCAAGGGUGUUGAUGACUGGACACCGGAGGAAGAGUACGAGAAUGAGAACGCUGAAGCACCACAGCAACAACUACAAUCGCAACAAGAUCAGGACCCCGCCUCUGUUGACCCAGAAUAUAGUCAGCCGUUCGAGGACUGGAAGACGCUCUUGGAUGAACUGGAAGCAUAUCAGCCUGGACUCACAAGAAAGCCCUCCAUGAUCAUUGCCAACAAGGCAGAUGUUACCGAGGUUGCGCCCAAGAACCUGCAGUUGUUCCAGAAGCUGGUGCAUGACGAAUGGGCCAAGCGCCGUACUGCUGCCCCAGGCGCUGAAUCAGCGGACCACGAUAUCAGGGUCGUACCUGUCUCUGCAAAGUACAAGAAGAACAUUGUCAAAGUUACAUCCAUCCUUCGAGAGAUCGUCGAAGCCGAGAAGGCCAAGGAGUUGAUUGCGGAAAAGCGCAAAGAACAGCGGGAGCAACAAGAGGAGGAAGAGGCCCAAGCCUUUAAGGCGACCCGACGCAAUAUUCUUAGCAGUACAAAGACCGAAGAAUAA